AUGUUGAAAGCGCAAAACAAGGAAAACGAGCAGCAGCAGCAGCAGCAGAUAACGAAGAAAAUGAACGCUUCGGAGGUGAAAGAAUACAGAGAAGAUGAGGAUGAAGAGAGAUCCAACAACCCUUUAUGUGAGAACAGAGAACUCUCGGGUUGGUUCUUUAAAAAAGGCGAGCUGUUGAACAGAUGGAACGAGAGAUACGUUUCUGUUGACGAGAAAAUACGAACGCUUUCUUUUUACUCCUCUUCUUCGUCUCUCUCGUCGUCGAAACCGACGUCAAUCGUGAGUUUCGACGCGUUGGAGAAAUUUUCAUCGAGGAAAGGAGGAGAGAAAGGGGAGGAGGACGCAAUAAUAAUACGCGUGCAACUCCAAAACGGAAAAGAUUUGUUCUUGAAAAGGAAUAACAACCCACAACAACAACAGAAGAAGAAGAAGAAAAGUUAUUUAUUCAAAGAAAGAGGAGAGGAAGAAUGGUGCGCGAAAAUGAACGCACUUUUGAACCUGUUACCGACGCCAGAGUGUCGGCAGAAACGUGGCGGUGGUAUUAGUAAUACCACGCUAAGUGCGCUCAAGAACUCCUCGUCCGGAAAAGGCGGGAUAGGUAAGAUAGUCUUAGGCAACGCGAACGUCGUUGCUCGCGAUAACCAACACCAUCACGAAGACGACGACGACAGAAAUAUUCACAUGAAUACCAAUCGAGGUAUAAACACGCCACCUUCUGCGACGCGUCGUCACAUUGAGUACUGCGACGAUGAAGAAGCCGAUUUUGAAGCUUCGUCGACAGUUUCUUCCUCGUAUUACGGGACGAGCGCUACUAAAAACGGCGCCGGUGACUCCCAAACCACAAACGACAGAGUGUUGGAUACGUUUAAAGCUAUGGAACUCGCCUUGCGCGCUAAAGACGAGUUGUUAUCCGCUCAAACGCAGCUGUCCGACCGAUUAGAAACGCAGCUAAAAGAAAAGGAACUUGAAAUACAAAGGCUCACGAAGAAACUCAACGGAACGAAGGAUUUGGAAGAAGCGUUUGACGAGGCAAACAUGCGCGCUAUGGAGAUGGAAGACCAAGCCGCGAUGUUAUCGGUUUCAAUCGAUUCGUUAACGCGAGAGUUGGACGACGUGCGAGCGCAGAAAGCGGUCGUUCAGAACGCUUUGCUCCGAGAAUCUGCGUUUAUGCAGGAGCGAGAAUACGAGAUGAACAAAAAAUUGAGCGACGUGACUUUGAAACUACAAAAAGUUGAAAACGAAAAGAAGCACCAAAAAGACGUGUACGAAACGACCGAACGGGAGUUGACGUUGAGCAGAGAUCGUUUGCUCGCUGAAAUCGCUCGCGAAAGAAGAAAUCGAGGCAUGUUCAGUCCAGAGCAGGAGCAGCAUCAACAACAUCAAAGAAGACGAGCGAUGAAACAACAACCGCGGGGCGGCGCACUCGCGAACGGCAGCAUUAGUAACAACGUGGAAGAUCAAAACAGCAUUAAUAACAACAUUUCAGACCAGUCGAAUGCGACGAAGGACGAGAGUCCAAUACGCCAGAUUUCGUUCGCGUCGCACACGCCGCUGAAUCAGAGCAUUGCGUCGCGCGACGACGAAGACGAAGACGAAGGAGAAAGAGCAAACAACGCGUUUUACCGUCGCGCAGAUAAAAAUCUGAGCAAGCUUCUCACGCCCGAGGAGCACUCGUGUCGCGUACAAUAA